AUGAGUGUAGAUAAAAUGUUGGAGAGUGAUGGAAGGGAAGGAGUAGGUGGCAAUAGCAGUUACGAUGCCAUUGUUAUUGGGUCAGGGAUUGGUGGAUUGGUUGCGGCGACGCAGCUAGCCGUGAAGGGAGCUCAGGUUUUGGUGCUGGAAAAAUAUGUGAUUCCUGGUGGGAGUUCUGGGUUCUAUCAGAGGGAUGGCUUUACAUUUGAUGUUGGAUCAUCAGUGAUGUUCGGUUUCAGCGAUAAGGGUAAUCUAAAUUUGAUAACUCAAGCAUUGGCAGCUGUUGGAUGUAAGAUGGAGGUGAUACCCGAUCCAACAACUGUCCAUUUUCAUCUACCAAACAACCUUUCUGUACUAGUACACAGGGAAUAUAGUGAAUUCAUUGCAGAACUUGCUAGUAAAUUUCCCCACGAAAAGGAAGGGAUCCUCAAAUUCUACAAUGAAUGCUGGAAGGUCGGUUUGGAUUGA